CGCUUGUUGAUCGCGAUUGAUGCUGCCAUGCCAGUUCGCAUCAGCUUGCUUGCCGCCGUGGACAUAUUGAAAGCGGCGUGGAUGGAACUCACCGCGGAGUGCAUAGAAAAUUGCUUCCGCAAGGCGGGUUUUAUGGGCCCAGGCACCGAGGACGCCAUAGAUCACCCACCGGAAGGCCGGUCGCACGAGGACUUGUGGCAACGCGUCGUUGACACGCAGCUGGCCGGACCUGACGUUGCCUGGGACGAUUUCGUUUCUGCUGAUGACGACGCCGACAUUGCCGAGCCAUGCACUGACGAAGCUAUCGUGCGUGAAGUGCGAGCCCUUCCUGACUGCCCAGAGACCGACGAGGACGAGGAUGCUGCUCUACCGCCGGUUGCUGUGAACGCUUCAACCGCGAUCGGUUACAUCGCGUCGCUUAAGGAAAUCGUGUGCAGCAGAGGCCUUGGUGAUGAACAUAUUACCGCGCUGGAAAAAUUAGAAACGGCAGUGAUGCGAUCAACUUUGAAGAAGCAGACAUGCAUCACGGACUUUUUUCAAAAAUAAAGUGAACUUUCGUCUCGCUUGCUCUUUUUUCCCGUAUUAUAGGUGGUCCACUUAGUACGAACUUUGGAUACAACGAACAAAUGCCACGUGACGAUCAAGUUCGUUAUAUGUGGGCUGGACUGUAUUCAUAUUCUUUUAGCCAAGGUAUUUCCUGGCCUCUACUGACAUUGUUCACUGUUCUAACUGAAUAACAUAACACCUGAUUUUUCAAUGCUAAAUUUCAGACCUAAA